AUGCUUCGACUCAGUCCUCUACACGCUCAUAAUUUCUCGAGGUCAUCGUCACAGGUAUCUGUCGUUCUUGCCAGCCUCGUUUCUCGCCAUCUUGUCCUACUAUCUUCUCAACCUUUAUUGGGCAAUUUUGGCGACUAUAAUGAUCUAUUCGACCGCUCAACUACCCCAGAUUUCCUCCCUUACUUUCCAAAUGACACAUCGCGCGUAUCGUUAACGCCAACCCAUCACACCGUGAAGCUCGGAAAGCCACCCUCGCUCAUCCCACAAAACAUAACCUUCAAUACCGUUUCAGACUACGUGACACAGGUCAACUACUCAGUCAGUUCUAGCUUCCACGCCAAAGUGGCACCUCCCCUCGCACCCACCAGCUGGCUCCCUCUCCAAAAAACGGCUACCCCACCCUCCAACCCUUCGGACAGCACAAGCGCUCCCCCAAGCAUACCACCAUAUCCUCACGCACCCCGUUCCCCCUCCCUGCCCACCAAACCCUUUGAAGCACAAAGUUGCGACGGCGCUCCUGUCCCAAGCACGAAAUAA